AGUUGCAUUACAAACGAAUCGAAAUCAGCUGGAACAGUAAAGAAUUAGUUUUUGAUUUUUUUGCUGAAUAUUUUAUUUGAAUGUCUUGUUUCCAAAAGAAAUGAAUGUCCUUCCCUAUUGAGUUUUAUUGUGUUUUAUUUUUUUGUCAGGAUCAUGGUGAUUACUUCCCUGUUAUUAUUUAACGUUGCAGGUGAUAAGCGUUUACAUCCACUCAUAGUGAAACAACAGUUUCUUGACUAUGACUUCAUAUGUUUUUGGACAGACGGUCAGAGAAAGCUUCAUUUUGUAUGUGUUCUUAAGCUCCAGGUGCCACUGUUUUCCCAAUCCCCAAAGUAGACGGCCCCUUUCUUCACAGCACACUGACAAUGUUUGCAUUUGCUGACACUCAGUCAUGUAGUGAUGUUCCCAAUGAUUCUGCUGGGGCUCAGUCUGGACGGGAGGAGAGGAGCUUGAGCUGGAGUGCCAGGAAUGUCACCAACAGGUGUCAAAGAUAAGAGACCUCUGCAAGAACAGUGGCAGCACUUGCACAUAAUGACACCAUGUCUUCUGGGUAAAGGUCCAGGUCGAUGGAGGAGUCGACCGUGUCCCUCCACAUGGAUGACCCUGCUGCCCUCCAGGCAGGCUCUGAAGCCCCUCAUCCCCACCUUCUGCCUGCUGGUCAUGGUGGUUUAUGGGCUGGGGGAGAAGCUCAGAAACUUUGUGGUGAGGAUCUUCAUUCCUCAGUACCACUACCCGUACGCAGUGGCCCUCUCUUUUGGACAGGUUCUGGUCUCCCUGUUGUUCCUGAACCUCUUCCACCUGCUGGGUCUGGUCCCCCUGAAGCGUUACUCCCGGCCUCUUGGCGAGAAACUUCUGGUUCCUGCCAUUUGUGCCAGCAUCUACGCCGUCCUGACCAUGUGGACCAAAGCCAACAGUGCCUUCUCCAGCGUCACCCCCCUCACUGUCCCAAUGCUGCCUCUCUUGACCGUGGUUCUGAGCUUCGUGCUGAAGCUCUCCUCACCGCCGUCCGUCCACAUGUCCAUCCUGAUCUUCAUCCUCAGUGUUUCUUCUGUUAUUUCCACAGUUUCCAAGGGCGUGUCAGGGUCCCACCCUCUGGAGUUUGUGUACCCACCUCUGGCGGUCAUCCUCCACAGCGUCUGUCUGACCUGGCUGGCUAAAGUGUCUGAAGCUCAGCACCGGCAGGGCGGGGACGGACCGGCGUCUGCUUUUGACCUCUACUACGUCCUGCUGGUGAACCAGUUCUGGAUCCUGGGUCUGCUGUGGCUGGUCCACCCCCACAGUCCCUGGCUGGUGCUGAGUCGUGGCUACUGGCAGACCCUUCUCUUCCACGGCUACCUCCUCGCCAUCUUGUUGUUGGGGAUGGUUCUGAACUUCAUGGUGGGCAUGUCGGCUCUGUGCGUCUCCCCCUUAGCUGCUGCUCUGCUCUACUCUGCCAGGGACCUGCUGCAGCCAUUCGUCCGGCUGCUCUAGCUUACGCACAACAGCCACUCAAGAGUCGGCGCUAUCACUAAAGGAAGCACUUACUUGGCCCGAUAUGAUGAAGUUUAGGAAACGCUAUGUAGGACGGAAAAAAAGGAAAAAUAAAUUACUAUUUUGCCAACACAAUUAUGGAAAAUAAUAGAUAAAAAAAUAACAGCAAAAUACAAUGAUUAAAAGAGGUGAAUAUAUUAUACGCACAAAGGGACUUUGAAGAAUAAUUUUUAAAUUGGUUGUCCACUUAAAAUCAAUAAGUAACUAGAAGAUUAGCAAACCUAGUGGAAAUCAAAUGAAAACUAAACAAAACCAAGCCACUUGUUUAUGAUUUUCACCCUUCACUUGGCCUCCAAAAUUACUUUUCAGUUCAGUUCAGAGUUCAGUCUUUACUGAAACACUAAAUACUAAAAUAGACAAAUAUGAGUGAAGGUUUUGACAUUUAGAUCAAACUAAAAUAUUCUGGGAUAUAAUUAGGUAUAAAACAUUAUUCAUAUAAACCUGCCAACACAAGCACAACUCUUGAGAUGGAUCUAUCAUAGGGCAACCUGAGGGCAGGGGACCCUCCUGGACCAUCGCUAGUCCGUCUAUUCACAUCAAACUGUACCAAAACCUUCAACACUUCUGUUUUUAUUUAUUGUUUUGUUUGUUUUAUUGUGCCACCAAAUAUAUUUUGAGACGUUAUUUAUCAGCUAUGAGACGUAUUCAGAACAUCCCAGCUCCGAGUUCGGAGGACGAACUCGUUCGAUGAGGAAUCUUGGUGGGAAUGUGACCUUGUCCUGCUGGUUAAACAGUACCAGCAUGAAAAACAUUCAUUUCUACAUGGGUGGCUUUUCAAUGACUCUCUCACAAACUUUGGUCGUUUACCUCUGGAUAAAGUCCCUCUGGAAUGAUUUUGGCAAGUUGUCAGAUGAAGAAAGGGAUCUAUGUUUUAGCGACCAUUUGCUCCUUUGUUCUGUAAAUGUUUGUUUUCUGUAUCACUUAAACAAGCUCAACGACAGGAAAGUAUUUCUGGAUCAUGUUCUCAAUAAUGUCAUAUAGGUCGAAUAAAAUGACAAUUAAAAAAA